CUACAGUCUCGACCUGCUCGGAGACUGCGCAUAGCCGACACAUCGCCCCGAUACGUGUGCAAGCGCAACUGCUACACCAGUGACCAUGGCGAUGGAAGCGAGCAAGGUAAAACUGUCAGAACCCCGGCGGAAGCCCAGAGCACCACGAGAUGAGCCUCCCCUCUUUCCCCUGGUGGUGGAACAUGGAACUUACAAAUGCUUCUCGGGGAUGUUAGUCGAUGAUGUCGUCGUGGUGACCGACCCUCGGGAUGCUGAAUUUCUCAGCACCAUGGGUUUCUUCGGCAAGGGAAAUCUGUCGUCAAGAGGAAUGGAAUACGAGAAGCGAAAACGAGCUAGCGAUGGCUACUACGUUAUGUCUAAGAGAAGGUAUGAGAAUCAUCUCACAUGGCAGGCCAUGCAGACGUCAGAUGAAACACGCCUGAACAUGCUCUCCUCUCCCGAAAACCGCAAUGCGACGACAACUAGAUGUGCACAGGAUGGAGACAGUGUCUCUCCGGGCAAGUCGGGCGAGCGAAUGGAUGUUCAUGUGUCAACGAAAUGUGACGAGCCGCACGCCACGGCUUCAGGUGGCAGUGGUAAUACCCAUGCAGAGAAUUUAUUAGUCAAGCCUGAUAGCGAUGAAGAGGUUGAAGAGGGAAUGAGUACGGGUGAGAGAGCAGCUGCUCCCACAUCACAGCCGUUUUUGGCAAUUGAUCCUUACCCAGUGACGGAGCACUUGCAAUUAUACUUGGAAGAGGCGUUCUUUCUUGCAUAUGGACUGGGUUGCCUUUGCGUGACACGAGGAAACGAUGCGGAAGCGGUGGCGGCGGCGGCGGCGUCCAUGACGCUGGAGGAGCUGUGGCUGUGUUUCUGCUCAAGGCAGGAGAGGUUUGCUGCACGCUACGUCGCCUACCACUACUACCGCUCCCGUGGCUGGGUCGUCUGCUCAGGACUCAAGUACGGCGCUGACUUUAGUCUUUACAAAAAGGGGCCACCCUACUACCACUCGACGUACUCUGUGAUUGUUAAAUACAUAGAUGGCGCUACUAUGGAACAUAUUGGAAAUGAGCAGCCAAGUUCGUGGAAGGCACUGGCUGCCCUGGAUAGAAUCACGCAGCAAGUGGGAAAGGAAGUGUUGUUCUGUCACGUGAUCAAACCUGUGGGCUUGACACACGAAGACUAUAGCUCACCUGAGUGCAUAUCUUCCUUCACUGUCCAGGAGGUUCUGUUACGUCGAUGGGUGCCCUCUGAGGGUCGGAUGGAGGAGAGUGGUGACUGCAGUGCGGAUCAGCUGUAAACAGCAUAACGUCCUAUUACCAUGUAUUAUAUUGCCAUCACAUGAUAUCAACUUAUGUGAUAUAUAUAUGCCUUACAUGACUGUGACAUUCAAGCAAGGAAGUAGGACAUGGUACCAUUGUCCAGAGUGGUGAAAUCAACGCCUAACUAUAUUAUUAAUGUAACAAUGUUUAAUGUGAUUUAUAACACUGUAAUAAAAGUGUGCAACUCAAAAAUA